UCUCUCUCUCCCCCUGUGUCUCCAGCGGCCAGCAGCAGUUGGCUUCAGGAACAUGUGGCAGAUCUGAGUCGAAGUUUGUGUGGCGUCAUUCCCGGUCUGAGCAGUGUGCUGCUGCCUCGUAUGAACCCGUUUGUCCUGAUCAACAUGGCGGGCGCUCUCUCCCUCUGCAUCACCUACAUGCUCAUAGAAAUCAAUAACUACAACGCGGUGGACACGGCGUCGGCCGUCGCCAUCGCCCUCAUGACCUUCGGCACCAUGUAUCCCAUGAGCGUCUACAGCGGCAAAGUUCUGCUGCAGACGACUCCGUCGCACGUCAUCGGCCAACUGGACAAACUGCUCCGAGAGGUGUCAACUCUGGAAGGAGUUUUGGAGGUUCGAAACGAGCACUUCUGGACCGUCGGCUUCGGGUCUCUGGCCGGCUCCGCCCACGUCCGUAUCCGCCGCGAUGCCAACGAGCAGCUGGUUCUGGCUCACGUCACCAACCGCCUGCUGCCGCUCGUCUCCACGCUGACGGUCCAGAUCUUUAAGGACGACUGGACCAGACCCCUCCUGAGCGGGACCCUCUCCUCCUCCCCCUCCCCUGUUCCCCCACUGGGUCCUGAAGGCUACGCUAUCCCCCCCUCCUCCUCCGCUCUGCCUCCUCUCCUCUCGGACCCUCUGACAUCCACGCCAUCCAAACCCAGCAGCCCUCCUCCUGAGUUCGCCUUCGACACGCCCGGGAGGAACGUGCAGCAGGUGGUCCUCCCCGCCGCGGGACACCACGCCCACGGGCCCUACGGAGGCCUGGGCCUCGCCUACGGAGCGUCUCCCUACGCAGGGAUGCUGAGUCAGGGUGUAGCGCGGCCUGGCAGCGGCCUGGGACUCGGUGCGCACGGUCUCGGAGCCGGGUUUGGACUCGGAGUGCCUUCCUCUCAGAGCUACAGGACUGCCUUCGGAGCGCCAACGCUGCCGCUCCGGUUUGGAACCAGCAACCCUCUGGCUUCACAGUCGCAGUACAGACAAUACCAACCCUGA